AUGGCGUACUCGUCUCGCCGUCGCGACGACCACUACCCACAGGACGACUUUUACGGUCCCAACCCGUCCUACUGGCAAGACGCUGCUGGUGGGCCUCCCCCACGCCGCAGCAAGUCAGAACGCCAACCCGCCCGGGCCAUGCCAGAUGAUAGAGGCGCAUCCCGCCGGCACCGCGACGACGACGCGGCCCGUGGCUACUCUCACAGACAGGGCGACGGGCGCGGCGCCCCGCCGCCAUACCGCUCCGACGACCGGCGGAGUGGGGACCCGCGCCGCGAUCCUAGAGACUCGAGAGACCACAGAGACCACAGAGACUCAAGAGAUCACAGAGACUCGAGAGACCACAGAGACCCAAGGGACACCAGAGACCAUAGGGGCUCGAGAGACCCAAGAGACUCGCGCGACAACAGAAACACAAAAGAUGUGAGGGAUACACGUGCCGCGCGCCACGAACGUGACUACCCGACCCGUGGUGAGCGUCACGCCGAUGACACCCACCGCCACCAGCGCAGCAAGACGGCAGAGGACCCUGGAAGAUACAGCCGACCGUCCCAGGAUCACAGGAGCAGGGACUACCACGCCCGCGAUGACCGAGACCGAGACCGGCGCGGGGGUUAUGAUGACAGUGGCCGCGAUCGCCACGGUGGCCAGAGCUCACGCUCGCACGGCCAGGACAAGUAUUCCUCCGGCAAAGUCGUUGCCGCUCCUGAUCCUCCCCGCGGCCGCGACAAGAACCCGAGCAGCGGCGGUGCCGCCGCGCGGGGUUUUGGCGCCAAAGUUCGCAGCUCCACCACGCCCGUAGUGAAGACGGCGUCCAACUGGUUCAGCAACCCCCUCGUGCAGGCCGGUGCACGCACCGCGCUGACCGCCGGCGCCACGGCGGCGAUGAACAACCGCGGGGCCCAGGGCGACUGGCUCGGCUCCAAGGGUGUCAAAGUCGCCACGGCCGCCCUCAGCGCCGCCUUCAUGAACGGCGCCAUGAGCGGCGGGACCAAGAAGGAUGAUCGGGAUCGGGACCGUGGGCGGAGCAGCAGCCGAGACCGCGGCCGCGAUCGCAGCAGGGGUCGCAGUCAGGACAAGGGCGGGCGCAGCAAGAGCGAGGGCCGCGGAGGAGAUAUCAGCAGCAAGUUGAUGCAGAUGGGCAUGGAUUACAUGUCGAAGAGGGCGACACAGGGGAGAUGA